AUGGCAACAGCUCGCAAACGCCCGCGGCCGGAUAUGAUGGAGGAGAGUCAGGCAGAAUGUCCGUUCAGUGUUAUUCAUCCUGAUCCCAACGAGAAGGAAAAGAAGACCAAGCGCAGACGACAAGAAUCUGAAGACCACCCUCACCCUAAGAUCCUGCUUCAACCUUCGCCCUUCUCACCCAUGGGCAAGUUCAAGGACCCCAACAACACUAUGGACCGGCAUUAUCAAGUUCAACCGUAUCAGAAGUGGAUGGACAUGACACGAUACAACAGCUUCGUCCUUAACGGUGUCAAGUAUUGGAGCGAAGGCUUCAUAUUCGUUGCGAACAGCUCGACGAUCGAACGCCAGAAGAACCCAGGUGAAGCCCUACAACCUAGGAAGAAGUCGGACGAUGACUGGGUCGCGAGGAUUCUCGAGAUUCGAGCUAGUGACGAGCAUCAUGUAUACGCACGCGUCUACUGGAUGUACUGGCCGGACGAGUUGCCGCCGGGCACGCAAGACGGAAAGAAGUUUAUACAAGGAAGGCAGUCGUACCACGGCGCAAACGAGCUGAUCGCGUCUAAUCAUAUGGAUGUGAUCAACGUAGUCAGUGUCACUGCUCCGGCAACUGUCAAUCAGUGGGAUGAGACCAACGAGGACGACGUCCAACCAGCACUUUACUGGCGGCAGGCUUUCGACGUCCGUAGCAUGGAACUUUCGUCUGCCGAGCUGCGCUGCAAGUGUAACCGACCUGAGAACCCCGACAAGCGACUAUUUGGUUGUUCGAACGACGAUUGCAGAAAGUGGCUUCACGACGACUGUCUGAUCCAUGAAGCUCUCCUAAGAACCUACAAACGCCUGGGAACCGACAAACCUCACAAGCCUUCACAGAUUAAGGAAGAGGAUGGCGAGGAUACGAAACGGCCGCUGAGUCCUAGUGAGACAGGCGCGGCGCAAACUGCUGAGCAAUCGAUCGAUGUUAAGCCAGAAGAGCAGCAGCAGGUGAUGGACAUAGACGGAGAAAACAUUAAGACCGAGGUGUCUGUCGCCAACUCCGAGACGAAGCGAAGAGGACGACCGCGUAAAUCAGAACCGGUCGAGAAGGCUGCGGCUAAGCCAUACGAAGGACUGUUUGAGGCUACCAUCCACAGUCAUAAUGAUGAGACUCCGUCAGUCCUCGAGAUAACGGACCUUCGAGAGAAUGUGACGGGCGGAGACAAGUCGUGGAAGGAGCCACUCGAAUGCCUCAUCUGCGGUCAAGAGAUCGAGUAA